AUGCAUCUCUCUUCGACCAUAUCCUUCCUCACUACCUCUCUUCUCCUCCUCUCUACCACCACCGCUCUUCCCGCCAAUGACCAAAACAGACGUCCUUGCGACAAAAACAAGACGCGAAAAGAUCCGCUUACAAGCUGUCCGCUUGAGCCAGCCCCAUCUCUGCCUGAAUCAGCCCUGCCACCUACCAGCCUGACCCUACGACAUGUCCUCCUCGGCAAAGGCACUCAAAACUACACCUGUGCCAACACCAAUUCCCCCCCGGUGGCUGCCGGUGCCCUCGCCACCCUCUACGACAUUUCCUGCCAAGUCACUGAUCCAAAUUCCCGUGCCAAGUUCGACCAGAAGCUGAUCCCGGACUUCCUCAAGAAUUUUUCCAAGUCGGUCCAAGAUCUCCUUCCAUCAACAGCUUCCGCUGCCAGUGUUGGUGACCACUACUUCCGUGAUGGGACCACGCCGAUGUUCGUGCUGAAUGAUGGCCAUUUCGUCGCGGCCGGUAAAGUCGGCGGUUGUGCAGCGCCGAGUUCCGCAACUGGGAAUGAAAACGGCGCUGCGGUUGAUUGGUUGAAGUUGGCGCGGAAGCAAGGGGAGGCGAAUGGCGGGAUUGAGGAGGUUUAUCGCGUGCACACUGCGGGUGGGAGGGCGCCAGCAGCUUGUUCGAAGGCAGGGCUACUGACGGUGGAUUAUGUGGCCGAGUAUUGGAUGUAUGGAUGA